AUGGGGACAUCACUACGAACGGACUGCGAGAUACCGACGCGCGACCGCCGCACACCACGCGAGAUUAAACGUCACGAACCGUCAGAUAUUUCCACCAGGAAGGAGGGAGUUCUAACGAUUGCGUUAAGUUCCAACUCUAUUAUUAUCGGUGAAGAGUUCAAACUGGCGUACACGAGUAGCAGCGAUAACAUGAAUCAUACACAAAAGGGAAACCAACUGAUUUCAAGAGCUCUCGUAUUACCUGACAUAAACCGCCGCACAGCGUACGUGCCUCCGCAGCCACACCUUUACUUAGAGUGGCGGGAAAUGUCGCCAACGAUGGAGCAAUUGAAAGAGAUUGCCGCAAAAAUGGCUCCUUGUAAUCCGCCUAGCGACGACCCUGUGCUAUAUUGGGGGGAGGAAUAUUAUUUUCACGUGAAGAUGUUU